AUGGAGCUGUCAUCACCCUGGGGACAAAGGAAGGGGCCAACAGAGAGCAGUGUUGUCCUGGAGGUUCAUCAGAUUGACACAGCAUCCUUCUUCUCCAGUGUGGGCUGUUUCAGAUUUCUGCGGCAUAGGAAAUUCUCAAAGAAAAAUCACUGUCAGAAGGGCCUUUUCCUGUUAUGGAAGCCUGUUUGGCUUAGGGAUAUAUAUAAACCACUGAGAGCUACCCACCAGAAAAAUAUAUCCAAAAAGCUGCAUGACAAGACAUCUUCUGAUGAGGAUGAGAGGGCGCUCCCUGAAUCAGCCCGAAGAGAGGACUCCGUGUUCAUAGAUAUGCCUGACGAGGGAGAGGAAAGCGAGGUGCCUGAGGGGAACACAGAGUGACCCCAUCCUGC